AUGCUGGUGCAUGUUUCAUUGGCGAGCGGACGGUCUGUCUCGAUCGAGAUCCCCGCGGAUUCUUCCAUCCAGGAGCUGCAGCAGCAGGCAUGCACACAACUCGGUGUCCAGGGCGUCAUUCUGGUCAAUGCCUCGGGGCAGGUGCUGCAACCUUCCUUGUCGGUUCACUUUGCGGGGCUGCAGGAGGGUGACCUGGUGACGGCAGCAGUCCGACGAUCGGAUUCAGCCCUUGCCGCGUGUGGCGGCGUGGAGUUUCAUGAGGUUGAGUACGACUUCUACUGGCCAUGCAGUAUACAAGCAUUCGCUGUGCUUCACAGUGACGGCAGUGUGGUUACCUGGGGGGAUGCCCGCUGUGGCGGGGACAGCGCAAUGGUUCAGGACAAGCUCCACGACGUGCAGCAGAUUCAGGCAACACGUGGCUGUGACUCCGACCCAGAGCACGCAAACAAAGCUCAGGGAGGAGCGUUCGCCGCAGUUCGUGCAGACGGCUCGGUGGUUACCUGGGGCGAUCCGCGAUCUGGCGGAGACAGCAGUGAGGUUCAAGACCAGCUCCAUGAUGUGCAACAGAUUCAGGCGACCAGCAAGGCUUUCGCAGCAAUUCGCGCAGAUGGCUCUGUGGUUACCUGGGGAGAUCGACGUUACGGUGGAGACAGCCGUUUAGCUCAGAACCAGCUUCAUGAGGUUCAGCAGAUCCAGGCGACAGAGUCUGCCUUCGCAGCAAUCAGUGCAAGUGGCGCUGUGGUUGCCUGGGGGGGCGAGCGUGCUGAGAGUUGGGGCGUUCGAGACCAGCUCUUUGAUGUCCAUCAUGUCCAAGCGAACAAGACGUCUUUCGCGGCAAUCCGUGCGGAUGGUACAGUAGUUUGCUGGGGAGAGCGGGGGAGCGGCGGAGAUGGCAGUGAGGUUCAAGACCAGCUCCGUGAUGUGCGACAGAUUCAGGCCACCAGCAGGGCUUUCGCAGCAAUUCGUGCAGAUGGCUCUGUGGUUACCUGGGGAGAUCGACGUUACGGUGGAGACAGCCGUUCGGUUCAGAACCAGCUGCAUGAGGUUCAGCAGAUCCAGGCAACACACCAAGCAUUUGCAGCUCUGCGUGCAGAUGGAACUGUGGUGAGCUGGGGUGAUAAAGACUUCGCCGGCAGUUUUGAAGAUACGCAGGUUCAGGACCAGCUCCAUGGUGUGCACCAAGUCCAAGCAUCUGGUGGAGCUUUCGCAGCACUUCGUGCAGAUGGCACUGUGGUCACCUGGGGUCUGACGGGGCAUGGUGAAGACAGCAGCAGAGUUCAAGACCAACUCCAGAAUGUGCAACAGAUCCAGGCAAGAAGUGACUGCUCUGGCGGCUCAGCGUUCGCAGCAAUCCGUGGAGAUGGCACCGUGGUUACCUGGGGUGGGCAUGAACGCAACCGCCAUCUUCAAGAUCCGAUCCUGGAUGCGCAAGAGGUUCUAGGAUGCGGUGGAGCGUUCGCUGCACUUCGCGCGGAUGGCACUACAGUCAGCUGGAGAUAA